AAUCCACCGGGCGAAGCGCUGUCAGUUCGCGACUCAGCACGGCGGUAGCGUGUUCGUACGUAGCGAGUACACGAUCGAACCGGUGGUUAAACGCGAGAAUAAAAUCGGCGAGACGGCUCGUUCGCGAUCCAUUGGCAUCGGCGUUUAUCUCUCUCGGUCACCUUUGGUUUCUCUCUUUCUUUCUUUCUUUCUUUCUUUUCCUUUAACGCUCGCACCGAACAGCACUUUCGAUCGGAAGCCGAUCGAAGGUGAAACGUCGCCUUCCGUCGAAGCAGCCUCUCUCUUUCCCUCCGCGAUCGAAUUCGGAAAAUCGAUCGUCAGCCGUGGCGCGCAGUUGCACGUUUCCUCUUCGCUCUUUUAACGACAACCUCGGCCAGCUGUGUUCGAUCGGCUGCCGGUAGAUCGUCGGUCGCCAGUGUCAGCGGGCAGAUAGAAAGAGGGACGGACGGAUCGGUCGGUCAGUGUGUGUUCGGUUACGAGGACGCCGGGAAGACGGUUACGUGAGAAAUCCCGAGAUCCAGGGGAAACGACGAACCACUCUUCGGAACUCAGGAAUCCGGUUGCGUGGAGCAGCGCCCUUGGCGUGAGGAGGAAGACGCGUCGUUCUCUCGUGCGAAGACACCGUCGGGAAUCAGCCAGCGACAAUGUCGAUCGUAAUGCAGUACGUGGACCGGAUCCACGAGAUAUUCGAAAAACAUGCAGACCGCAGGACGACGAAUUGGUUCAUGAUCCGUUCACCGUUCCCCACCCUGUUCAUCUGCCUGAGCUACGUGUACUUCGUGAAGGUCCUCGGGCCGAAGCUGAUGGAGAACAGGAAGCCGUUUCAGUUGAAGAAAGUCCUGGUGGCCUACAAUCUGUUCCAGAUGCUCUUCUCCGCGUGGCUGUUCUACGAGAUAGGAAUGUCCGGAUGGCUGACUGGCGAAUAUUCUCUAAGGUGCCAACCCGUAGACACCAGUGAUCGCCCCAUGGCAAUAAGGAUGGCGCACGCUUCCUGGUGGUAUUACAUAUCGAAGUUCUCGGAGUUCAUGGACACGAUCUUCUUCAUAUUGAGGAAGAAGAACAAUCACGUGUCGACUUUGCACGUCAUUCACCACGGUUGCAUGCCGAUGUCGGUGUGGUUCGGCGUCAAGUUCACACCAGGCGGUCACUCGACCUUCUUCGGCUUCCUGAACACGUUCGUGCACAUCGUGAUGUACAUGUACUACCUGCUGGCCGCGCUGGGCCCUAAGAUGCAGCCGUACCUGUGGUGGAAGAAGUACCUGACCGUCUUCCAGAUGAUCCAGUUCAUCGCCGUGAUGGUGCACGCGUUCCAGCUGCUGUUCAUCGACUGCAACUACCCGAUGGCGUUCGUCUGGUGGAUCGGUAUGCACGCGGUGAUGUUCUUCUUCCUGUUCAGCGAGUUCUACCAGGAGAGCUACCGGCAGAAGAACAAGCGGACGACGAUGAACGGCGUGUCGAAGAAGGACCACCAGCAGAGCAACGGCCUGUCGAACGGCUCCGCUGGGACGGCGGCGUCCACCUCGUUCGGAAGAAGGGACGCGGCCGACUACUACGUCAAAGGCGACAGCCUCGCGGCGUCCGAGCUGAACCUCCGAAAAUCGUACGCGACGGCCGAGUGACCGCGUCGCCGCGGCGCGCGUCAUCGGCAGACCCCCGUCGAAUUUAUCUACGCCUCCUCGAUCAUCGAUCCUCCGAGUCGCAGCAUCCGAGCUUCGCUUCUUCGCGCCGCCGGCCCGGGACGGCCGUUCACCAUCGGCCGAACCCUGUACAGUAAACGUGAAUCAACGGAAUGACGUUCGCGAGAAAGAGUACAAAAUUGCUCCGCGUGUCCGCUGGAGGAGAGACGGAUAGAUAGAUAGAUAAGGUUACAUAGAUAGAUACGUAGAUAGAUAGAACGAAAGGAAGGAAGGAUGAAUAUGAAUACCGAAGCAACGCUACCGAACAGGUAGCCGGAUGUGCGACUCAAUGUCACGGACCCCGAUUUUCUCGGUUCGCUAGGUGUACACCCGCCGAGCCGCACGAGAAGAGAACCUGCUAUCAUUGAAGUCAACGAAAUUCAGACGAACCUAGAUUCUGUUUCGAUCGUCCUAUGACUCACCGUUCAACUCUUUUAGUAUACUCUUUAUCCUCCAACGCUAUCGCAGACUUAUUGUCUAUCGCUGCUAGAAUUAACGCUCGUUCGAUUGGGAAUCGGUGUAAUUGUAAUCAAAAUUCACGGAUAAUACUUUGUAAACCUCGACUGACUCUGACCAAGGCUACCGUCGAGUAAGAUAGAAUCGCGCGGUGCGGUAUUGCAUGAACAGGCGCGGUUGCGUCGCGGUACCGGAAGCUCGUCGCGGACGCCGAAAGGAUAGUCGCAGGCGGGUCGGGCAGGCAAUCGCUUCUUAUUGACCGUGGUGAAAUUCGCGGCUUCCGCGACCGGGAAGAGAAGCGGAGAAAAGAAAGCAACGCCGACGAAUCUUGAAAUCCGCGUGAAAUUGGCUAGUCUCCUCCUCUCCGCUUCUCUCCGCUUCUCUUCGCGUUCCUUUUCAUUAGACCAGACAUUGUUUACCGGGAUAUUUCCAUAAUUUAGUAACGCGGCCCGGCGGGGGCGGAGGCGGCGAGCCCGCAGAAUCUUUUCUGCCGUCGGCCCCUCCGCGCGAGCCGGCUCCUAGAUUAUAUAAAAACAAGGAAUUAUAUAAGAGCGUUAACGGUGAGUCUUGGAUCGCGGUUACGCAACAAUGCCGCAGCGGACCGUUAUCUAGUUACGCAAUUCGGGAAGAUCUCUUUCCCCGUGCGGUUUAGGAAGUCAAGGCGGGGCACCCGAGCGGCGGCUGGACCGACCGUUGAUCCCGGCCCGUUAGAAAAUUCGUUUGCUCAAUAGAGAACCGGGGCGACCUUAAUUAGGCGGGCUCUCUCGGCGGCCGAUGGUGAACAGAGUCGCCGUCGCCGCGAUCGCCGGGCCGGCGCGCGCUUUCCUCCGCGUUACGUAAAACGGCCGAGGCGCGAGCGCGCGGGAACCGGAUCUAGGAUCGGCGCGGGCACGCGUGAAAUCCGUCUCUCGGCCGGACGCGCCGGGGAUCGGGCUAGACCGGAAGCGGAAUGGAAAUCGGCUCGCCGAUUCCAUCGUCUUUCUUUUAUUGUUUUCUUGUUCUUGUUCUCCUUAUCGAGCGCGUUCCGGUGAUCGUCGAAUUUCAGCGGCGUAAUUUCGAGGACGCGUGCACCGGCCUGGACAUCGCGUUCGCGUCGCUCGCAUACCCUGGCGCGUAUCGCGGGCCGAAUCGUUCGUUGAAUAAAUUCCGAUGGUUAGAGAGGUGCUCUCGAUCUGCGCGGCGGUCGUUGCGCACGGUGCGCCCGUGCGUUCUAGCAUUGUACAUAAAAUACAUCGUCCGUUUCGGUACGCCCGAGUCAAAAGCCGCUCAGUCGGAACCGAGAGGAAGGCAGAGAGACGGAGAGGAAGAGGGAUUAUAGAUACGGGGAGAGAGAUAGAGAGUGCGUAUGUGUCUGUAUGUGUGUAUGCGAGAGAGAGAGAGAGAGAGA